AUGGACAAUUACCUACGGGUUGUAAGGAAAGAAUUUGAAAACUUCAACACCACCCAAGUCAAGCAGAUUCUCCGAUCUCAUUACGACCAUGCUGAUGCACUGGCCCGCCUAGCCACCAGUGAGAGAAUCGAAGAAUUCAAUAGCAUCCCCGUAGGAAGAAUAUCCCUACUUGCCAUUGAAUUGGCCGAAGUGGCCCUUAUGAUGAUAGAUCCCAAACCAACUUGGCAGGAUGAGAUCAUCGCAUACCUAAAGACCGGGAAAUGUCCCGAAAACUCGAUAGAGGCCAGAAAGCUUCGAAUCAAGUCGGCCAGAUACACACUCAUUGAUAAUGUCUUCUACAAGCGGGGAUAUUCUACGCCCUUAUUAAGAUGUUUGAACGAAGAAGAAGCACAACACGCCCUGCGAGACGUUCACGAAGAAAUAUAUGGAAAUCAUUUCAGUGGGCUUUCCUUAGCCCACAAAAUCAUACGACAAGGAUGCGACAAGUGCCAGUGCCUCAGCCCUUUCAUAAACACUCCACCACGCGAACUGAACCCGGUGAUAGCACCAUGGACCUUUGCAAAAUGGGGGGUCGACCUGAUUGGACAUAUGCCAAUUGGAAAAGGAGGCGUGAAAUUCACCAUCGUUGUAGUGGAUUACUUCACUAAAUGGGUAGAGGCAGAGCCGCUUGCUAAGAUCGCCGAACAAAAAAUGACCAACUUUCUGUGGAAAUCAGUCAUCUAUAGGUUUGGCAUACCUCACUCCAUCGUUACGAACAAUGAAAAACAGUUCGAUAACGCACGUCUUUUAGACUUCUGUGAGGAGUUCAGCAUCAAGAAACAUUUCUCAACGCCAAACCAUCAGCAGGAAAACAGCCAAGUUGAGGCCAUUAACAAAAUCAUUAAGCACACAUUGAAAGCAAAACUUAACGUGUUUAAAGGAAGAUGGGCCGAAGAACUCCCUAGUGUACUGUGGUCAUAUCGCACCACUGCAAGGAUUAGCACGGGAAAAAUCCCGUUCUCACUCACUUUCGAUGUAGGGGUUGUAAUCCCACUAGAAGUCGACAUUCACUCGCCACGGAUAACUACUUAUGACGAAGAAAAGAAUUAUAUGGCUCUUCGUACGGAACUCAACCUAGCCAAGGAGAAAAGGAACAACGUCGAACUCAAAAAUGUCAUUUACAAGUAA